UCAUUUACAAAUUUGUAUACCACCGAUCACCCGCAUUCAACGCACGUCCGUUCGUCUCCGCGGCCUACCUAGAGGCUAAGCUGAAGGCAACGUAUCGCAGCAGCCCUCUGCGCAUAUCCACACCGAUCCACGACCGGGAAAUACAUAUUCACAAUGCGGCGCCUCGACAUAUCAAUAUCCGGCGCUAUCCUAGCAUCAUUGUUAGUCCUUGCGCCACUACCAGCGGCCGCAUUCUACUUUCCAGGGACCGCCCCUACAUCAUACAAGGAAGGAGAUAGAGUACCACUGUUCGUCAACCACUUGACACCCGCAGACUCGCAGAAUGAUCCAAAGCUACGAUCCGUGUUCUCAUUCGACUACUAUCACGAACCCUUCCACUUUUGCCGACCGAAAGAUGGGCCGAAAUACGUUAGAGAGAGCUUGGGGAGCAUACUGUUUGGUGACCGCAUACAAGACAGCCCAUUUGAGCUGAAGAUGGGGGUAAAUGAGACAUGCAAGGCGCUUUGUGGGCCGCAGGAGUACAACUCGAAAGACGCUGUGUUCGUCAACAACAAGAUCAAGCAGGGAUACGAUCUGAAUUGGUUGAUAGACGGGUUGCCAGCAGCGCAGUUACUCAAGGACCCAAAUUCGGAGUUGCCCUUCUACAGCCCUGGAUUUGCGCUUGGUCUGCUGGACGGAGAGAACCCUAUCUUCAACAACCACUACGAUAUCGUCAUCGACUACCACGAGGCAGGGCCGGACAACUACCGAGUUGUAGGUGUUUUAGUGGACCCGUACUCGAUGAAGGACCCGAAGCAGUCUGAAUGCCAGAGCGCACAAACACCGAUCAUACUGAACGAAGACAAGGGCGAUAAGGUGGACUUCACAUACAGUGUGUACUGGCGACUUAGCCCUACCCCUUUCGCAACACGCUGGGACAAGUAUCUUCACGUAUACGACCCCAAGAUCCAUUGGUUCUCCCUGAUCAACUCCGCUGUCAUUGUCGUGUUCCUUGUUGGUAUGGUCAGCACCAUUUUGGUGCGCACGCUCAGGAAGGAUAUAGCGAGAUACAAUCGCUUGGAUCAGUUCGCGCUUGACGACUUUGGCGCUGACGGUGACGUUGAGGACGGUGUAGCAGAGGAUUCAGGCUGGAAGCUGGUUCACGGCGAUGUCUUCAGACCGCCCAAGAACCCUCUAUUCCUAUCGGUUCUCCUAGGCAACGGAGCACAGCUCUUCGCCAUGACAGCCCUAACUAUCGCAUUCGCCCUUCUUGGUUUCCUAUCUCCCAGCAACCGGGGCGCUCUUGGGACCGUCAUCAUCAUCUUCUACACUCUCUUCGGCUUCAUCGGCGGCUACGUCUCCUCGCGAACCUACAAGUUCUUCCACGGCGAGAAGUGGAAGCUCUGCUUCUUCUACACGCCCUUCGCCCUCCCCGUUGUCGUCUUCGCAACAUUCUUCCUCCUCAAUCUCUUCGUCUGGGGCCGUGGUGCAUCAGGCGCUGUUCCGUUCACAACUAUGCUUGUCAUCGUCGUCAUCUGGUUCAUCAUCUCUGUCCCUCUCAGCUUCGCAGGAUCUUGGGUCGGCUUCAAGCAAGCCGCCAUCGAACCGCCCGUCCGCACAAACCAGAUCCCGCGCCAGAUACCUCCUUCCGGCGGCUAUCUCCGCCCUCUUCCCUCCAUGGCACUUGCUGGUGUGCUCCCUUUCGGCGCCAUCUUUGUCGAGCUGUACUUCAUCAUGAACUCUAUCUGGUUCAGCAAGGUGUACUAUAUGUUUGGGUUUCUGUUCAUUUGCUUUGGGCUUAUGAUCAUCACUUCUGCGGCGGUCACGGUCCUGAUGAUCUAUUUCUUGCUGUGUGCUGAGAACUACCAUUGGCAAUGGCGCAGCUUCUUCACGGCGGGAGCGAGCGCGUUCUACGUCUUUGCUAGCUGUUUGCUUUACUGGGUCAAGGACGUCAGCUUCCUAAGCUGGACGAGCGGGGUUGUAUAUCUGGGAUACUCGGCACUGCUGAGUUUGCUAGUGUUCGUUCUGACUGGUACAAUCGGCUUUUUUGCGAGCUGGCUGUUCACACUCAGGAUCUACAGAUCGAUCAAGGUGGACUAAGCAGCAUAUUGAGCGGAGAUGGUGUACGUGGGGUGAUAAGGAAAGAUCACAAAUGCGAAAUGUUAUUCUUACACGUCGGCAAUAACAUCUUACACUGUAUGGGUA